AUGCAGCACAAACAGUGGGAGAAUAAGGUGAUCAGCUUGACCCCGUCGGCUGAAGAGCUGGCCUCAGGGGAAGCCAACGCCGCGACCGUCGGUGCCGCCGUCUCCAUCCUCCAGCGCGACGGUAUCGUUGUCAUCAACGAUGUCGUCGACCCUGCACACUGCGACAAGAUCAAUGACCUACUGUCCAAGGAGUCGGAAGGCCUCGCCAACGAUAACUCGACGCAUUUCAACUUCGGCGCCCAUACGCGCAACAUCUCACAACCGCCCCCGCUGGACGUCGAACAUCUCUACAGCGACAUCUGGGCCAACCGCUUCACAAACAAGAUUGUUUCCAACGUUCUAGGCCCCAACCCUGUCGUCAGCUACGUCAACGGCAUCACGGCUCUGCACUCCGAGGACAACACCCGGCAGGAGGUCCACGCCGACAUCACCUACGCCCACGUCAACUACCCCUUCGGCCUCGUCGCCAACUACUACCUCGUCGACACCGACGUCGAGAACGGGUCGGCCGAGGUCUGGAUCGGCUCGCACAGAGACACGUCCAUGGAGGACCACAUCGGUGUGAACAAGCCGGCCAUUAAGGACGAGUGCCUGGAGGAGCGCCGCGUAUACAUGCCGCCCAUCCAGCCCAGGAUCAGAAAGGGCAGCGUCGUCAUCCGCGAUAUCCGCCUCUGGCACGCCGGCAUGCCCAAUCGCUCGUCAGUGCCGCGCAUCAUGCUUGCCAUCGGGUACACCCCCUGGUACAUGAACAGCCGACCCAAAGUGAAGCUGCCUGUCGCCGCGAAGGAGCUGGUCGCUCAAUGGGAGACGGACACAGGUGUCACUUACAGGGUUGAUUUUGUGGAGGGUGAUCUAGACCAUAAGAAGACCGUCUUCAAGACCGGCUUCCGCCCAAAUAACCCCCACAUCGUUUACCCUCCAGGUCUCACGAAGGAGGACUACGCUUACCUGGCCCUUGACGAUGUUCCCCUCGUCGCUUAG